AUGGAGUUGGUUAAGAAGGAGAAAGCAAGAUUGGCAGCUUUGAAGAUGAGAAAGGGAGGCUUAGUGAAGAAAAUUGAGCAACUCACCACUCUCUGCGACGUCCCCGCCUGCAUGAUCAUCCACGACCCCUCCACCAACUCCUCCUUCAUCUGGCCGGAUGAUUUCGCCCAAGUCCGCCGCCUCAUCGACUCCUACAAGCCCAAUCCCACCGCCGAUUUCUUCAAAGGGCGGCAGAAGGAACUCGCCAAGACCAAAUAUGACGAUAGCCUCGACCUCAUGGACGAGUCCCAGUUGCUGGAAUUGGGCCAGGCCGUGCGAUCAAGAAUCGACUUCUUGUCGAUGGUGAAGAAGGAGAUUGAUGUGGUGUUGGAUUUGGACGAGUUUGAGCACAUUGAUCAAGAUGAUAUAUUUUCUGCUGCUGAUGAUGUUAUGGUGAAGGAGGAGAAGGAUGUGCUUAUUGAUUUGGAUGAGAUUGAAGAAAUUGAUCAAGAUCAUAUCUUUUCUGCUGCUGAUGAUGUUAUGGCUGCAAUGGUGAAGGAGGAGAAUGAUGUGUUUAUUGAUUUGGAUGAGAUUGAAGCAAUUGAUCAAGAUGCUAUCUUUUCUGCUACGAGCGCCAACACUCAACUUCCGGUGCCGGACUACUACUGCCCGCUGCCUCUGAAUCAGCCGACGCCGUUCAUGGAUCACAAUUAUCUCGACUAUGCGAAUGAGAAUGUGAAUUGGUGUGCUGAUCAAAAUCUCAACUGUUCUUCAGUGGAUGUGAAUUGGUUUGCUGGGGAUGGUGGUGGUGUCUUAGCUAGCUAUCUCUGGCACUUGAUGCUGCUGCUAAUUGUGUAUCCCCAUUUUUUAUUCUCUUUCCUUUUGUGGAUCUUUGCCACUUCGGAAUUUUGUCAACUUAACUGUAUAUGGUUGAGUUAG